CCUGACGAAACAACUCAUAACACCAAGGCUUUUAACACCAUUAGUUUUACUCGUUGAAUUUCCGUGAUACUUAAUAGACUGAACCAUAGUUUGAUUAAGGCAUCGAAAUGGAUCAAAGUAUGAAGAAAUGCAAGGAAAUUAUCUCGGAAAAUAAUUCAAGUGAACAUGACAUUGUUGUUUCAGACGACAAACAAUACAUCUGUGAUAUUUUUCAGGAGACAUUUACACUAGAAUCAAGUAUGAUCACACACCGAGACACAAUUCACAAUAAAGAAAAAAAUUAUGAGUUCCGAAGUCAUUUGAGUCGAUACCAAGUAACAGUACACAGAAAUCGCAGAGACUUUUCAUGCGAUAAGUGUGAGAAAAAAUUUAUAAAAAAAUCGAGUUUGUUUACGCACCAAAAAUUGGCACAUAAAGAUCGUGAAGAUUUCACGUGCCAAAAGUGUGACAGGAAAUUUGAAAAUAAAUCAACUUUACUAAGGCACAAAAAAAUAUUUCACGAAGUUUUAAAAGAUUACUUAUGCGAAAGUUGCGCGAAAAGAUAUGGAAAUAAACGGAGCUUGCUCUUGCACAUAAAAUCGGUUCACGAGAGUCGCAAAGAUUUUGCUUGCGACAAGUCGUAUUUGCUGUUUCACCAAAAAACUGUCCAUGAAGCUUGCAAGAAAUUCACUUGUGACAAGUGUGAGAAAAAAUUUGGGGAUCAAAGCAAUUUGAACAGACACCAAAAAUCAAUCCAUGAAGGUUACAAGGGAUACCAAUGCAACAAAUGCGAGAAGAAGUUUGGACAAAUGACACAUUUGCUCUCACAUCAAAGGAUAGUUCAUGAAGGUCGCAAAGAUUACCGAUGCGACAAGUGCGAAAAAAAAUAUGGACAAAAAUCAUAUUUG